CACACAAUGGAUGCGUCCACGCGGUUGUACGCACGACUAGGCGAGAUUCCUGAGGACCCGAAGGACCCUGAGAGUCUUGAUGACUUGAUCGUAUGUGCCUUUGGGGCUUUCGAAAGAUACUACCUAUGUUGGAAGACAAAAAGCGGCGACUUCAGGCAAGAUUUAGACGGCUACGAUCUCCCACCCGCAUUGAACGAAUGGCUAAACCCGACUGACGGUACAACGCGAGACUGGGCCUCACUCCAGGUCGUUUUCGGACGUGGUGAAGAGUACUUCGCGUCAGACAAGAAUGGGAAACUCGAGUUCAAAGAGCCAGAAGUCAAGAAGCCCGCUGAGGAAGAGGAGAAAGAGAAGAUCGACAGACAAGCUCUACGCAGAUCGAGAACCGUGUCAUUUUUGCGACCACUCUCGCAGGCUAGCAAUCGAUCUGAUGGUGUCGCCACCGAGACACCUGCGGUGAAUAGGCGCACAUCAUCCAUCUCAUCGCAACGAGCAUCAAGACCUCCAAGUCUUUCAUACUCGACAACAGGAUCGGAAGCUUCGAUAGCACCGCCUAUCGAAGCACCGCCUCAGAAUCCUGCUCCAGCCGCGCAGCCUUCAUUCUUCUCACGACUGGCGUCAGUGGGCUCCACUACAUCGGGUCCGACAACCGCGAUGUCUAUACCAGCGACCGAGUCUAACCCAACUGAGCCUUCUUCGACAACUGCGCCUGCCUCGACAACUGCGCCUGCCUCGACAGCGAACGCGACUCCCUCCACCCAAAGUUCUGCACCACCGUCCAUUCAGUCUCAGCUACCGAGCAAAGACUCGAAUCGAUCCGGCAUUGCUUCCAUACCCGAAGAACGAGUCGAGCCGAAUCCAACAACAAAGAAGAGCAAUGCAGUAGAUGCAUGUACAUGUGGUUGUCACGACCCACCACUUCCUCCAGUUAGACGACCGAUCUACGCCAACGCAAGCGUCCAGACAGACCCAAUCUCUCCACCACCGCGGACAUCACUACGAGUCGAUACAUUCAGUGCUUCUAGCUGGGGUAACAACAACUACAGUGCUGUUUCUCGAGAUGUACAGACACCGAUAUUUGAGAAUAGUUUCUGCGCGGCCCCCUUCUCCAUGGGCCGGAUGACGAACUACUUCAGCAAACCGGGCUAUCAGCUUGGUGACAGCUUGGCUAGCGGAUACCAUUACUAUGAGCAGCCAGUGUAUCAAUAUCAGGAUGAAUUUGGAGAUGAGGCGUUGAGAUAAGUUCCCUAAUUAAAUUAACCUGCAGACCUGGGGGGCGAAAUACAGAGUAUCGGUUGCUUCCAGGCCAGCGUUCCUUGUGUUACUAGUAGUUC